UACAAAAAAAAUGUUGAUUCACUUCAAUUCUCUGGUUAUAUAGAGCACGUGCACGCAAUAGGUGAGCGCGUGAGCCCGUGCUAAAAGUCCGUGCAGGUGCAAGAAAAAAACCCCGCAGUUCCUCGCGGUGUUUCCGACGCAAAUAAGUCUGUCCUGAGUGUGCGCGUGGACCAAAAUCCGCAUCAAAAAUCUCUAGGACGUGUUCAUCCGCUAACCGCUGCAGAUCUGCCAUCCCUGAGGAAGGGUCCUUUCUUCUGUGUUCAGUACAUUUGCAUGCUCGGCUCCACGGGACACGGUGUGUAGAGGUUUAAAGAUGACUGGUCUGUCUCACUGUCAGCAGUUUCAUUAGCACCUGGUGGCUUCCUGAUCUCCAUUCCUUAACAUGGACAGAAAGGCCCGGUUCUUACACUGGACAUCGCUCCAUCGUUGCCGACUCUAGUCAAGGACAUGGUGCUAGAUGGUAUCUUGGGGAUCUUGACAUGGAUUUGGAGCAACAUGAUGAGUUGUGUUUAGGGGCAAGGGUGGAGGUGACAGAGACCAGGAGGGAGAAAAAUGACACUGAAGAGCACUGGAGAAAGCUGUUUCCUAACAUCAAGGACUGCACAGUUGUCAUUGUUCGACCUCCACUGGAGCAGCUGAAGCUCUGGGGUGUGGCCGGGAGGGGCAAACAAAAAAGGACACCCAACCUAAGGGCAGGUUGGGAUCAGACGUGGGCACCGAAGCUGCACAACGGAGAAAGAAGAUCAGCAAGUUUUGUGAAGAGGGUCAGAAUUCAGGCCAACCUUUUCCUUGAGGAUGAACCGGAGAGACCCCACAGGAGGCUGAGGCUCGCUCAUUGUACUGCUGUGACCAGCGACUCCACCAACUUUGAAGACAAUGACGGAAAUUGUCAACCAAAGAUGGACCACAGUUAUUGCCUCCUAGGGGACGUGCAAGACACACCUGACAGCAGCAGCCAACAACAGGAUACCAGGCUACAGAUCUGCUGUGAACACAGAGGCAGAGACGGCAACACACGCCUGCCCCGCCCCCAUAGAGGGGCUUCCUUGUGCCCAGGAGAUUGUUUGGGUUUCCCCCCAGAAGAGAAGAAGAACAUCCCCACCAUGGUGGGCGGGGCUCAGUGGGUCCUCAGGAGGUCACAGCUCAAAAAGGGGAGCGACGAGGAGGACGAGGAGAUCAAGAUGAAGACUGGGACAGGGAUGGCCGAGCCAGCUGCAGGGGAGCCAUUGCGUAAUAAGCGGCGGCAGGCCUGUGGACUCUGCACUGCGUGCCUGAGGAAGGACUGUGGCGAUUGCAUUUACUGCCGGGACAUGAGAAAGUUCGGCGGCCCCUCCACCAAGAGGCAGAAAUGUGUGCACAGACGGUGUCUGGUGGUGCAUCCCAAGAAAGACUUGAAGAUGGAGGUGACUGAUAGCCCAAAGCCCAGAGAGGAGACGGCUACUGCAGCGACUCGUACACUCCCCCUUCACUUGAGCAGGUGGAGGACAUGGAGAGAGAAUGUGGAAAGGAAGGAGUUCUGUUCAUCUGUGAAGAAGAGUGGGAAGAUGUGGGGAAGCAAAAGGAUCAAGCUGGAACACCCGAGGGAUGGAAAUAAAGCAAUGAAUGAGGAAGAGGAGCAGGAGGAAGGAACUGAUAAAGCUCAGCAGGUCAUGAAGAAGCAAACAGAAACAAAGGGUGAGCUGAGUGAGGACCAGUCUGAAGCUGGGAUGGAUGAAGAGGAGGAGGGGACGGAGCCCAUGCAGCUGAAUCUGACCCUCAACGGGAGCCAUCUUUCCUCUGCGCUCGUGUUGGACUCCGCCCUCAGCAGUCUGUCAGGACUGCUGCAUCAGGGGGGGCAGUUCCUUCAUGUUUCCACAGGCCUGACCUUCAUGCCCCCUGCUGUUACUCCUGCUGUUGUACUUUUGGAGCCCAAAGAGGAGGAGGAUCUUGUGGCUGUGGAGCUCUACGGGAGGAGCAGUGCUGCAGAAGGACCAAUGAGGGAGCGGGCCGUGCCGAGGGAGGAGGAGCUGUUCCUUGAAGGGGUGUCAGAGAAGGGAAAGUACUUUGAUAUGGAGGUGCAGCUGACUAACCCCAACCAAGAGACCCUGACGCUGUCCCCACCUACGCCCUCUGACAUCACCACAGCAAAGGUCGCCAAUGAUGUCAAGGGGCGGGGCUGUGAUGCCACAACAUGUGACACCACCUGUGAUCGACCGGAGUUCCUUCCAGUGAGCUGGGGGUCGUAUAACCUCGUUGGAGGGGCGGUCAGUCCUGGUGAUUUUGGUGGGUGUGGCUUGCUACACCUGCUGGAGCUUCUGAGGAGGAUCGUUUUGCCAGCACAUUGGGUGGGGGUUCUGGCUGAUGGACCGGAGGUGCAGCUGCUACAGUGCUCCAGACUCUCUGCCAUGACUGACACCAUCGUCCACAUUCAGCCGAAUCUCUGCUUCUACAUCACCGUCCAGAAUCUUCUGCUGCCAGACUCGCACAGAGUACACCAGGACUACACGCACACCGUCUCACACCUGAGCCAGCUCGUGUCACUGCUGCUGGAUCUGGAGAGUCUGACAGUCUGCAAAAGUUUGAAGGUUCAAUUCCCCACAAGCUUACAAGUGCCUUCAUUUGACUGCCACCUGCUUGUGGCUCCAUCCUGCAUCACUUGUCUGCCUUGCCUGUUGGAGGAAGAUGAGGAGGAGGAGGAAGAAGAGGGGAACGAAGAAGAAGAUAACUGACUAAGCAGAAAACCACAAUCCGCUAAAAUUAAUCAAGAAAACAGCACUGACUUGAGCGGAUGAAGCUCCACCCACAUCUCUUAACAAAUGUGCCACACCUGUGGCUAUUUCAAAGUCUCUGAAAGUUAAACACUUGUCUGCUCUUGAAGGCCUUCUGGGAAAUGGAGUCCUGAAUUCCAAAGCAGCUUGUGCCCAAACGUUUCUACCUCAGUUUGUUCAAAAUGUAGUGGCUCACUGCAGUUCUGCCCCUCAAAGCUGGUUUUAUGUUCUCUGCAGGACUAAAGGCAAAAGCUGGAUGGGUCACGCAAAAGCUUCGGUGAUGGUUUACUGUUAUACUUCAAUAUUUUCAUAAUCAGAGCUUUCAAUAGUUUUAUAAAUACUUUCUAAGUUUUUGAA